AUGGGUGAUUUUGUCAAGCAGCUUUCUCAGUUAUCACAGAAUGUUGCUACAUGUGUAACAAUAGACAAUCCCCCAUUCAUCCAUUGUUCUAAAAUAAAUGCUUUUAUCCAAUUAAUGCGUAAGUUAGCACCUCUCUUAGGAACUACAACGAAGAAAUUGAAUUGGGGACUUAGUUCUUCAAUGAAAUCCGUAAACGACGUCUUACAAGAGUUUAAACAGCUGCAUGCGCAGUGUUUAUACGAAAAUUGUAUUCAUUAUAUUUUAAUAACGCCUAUAAAGACAGCUUAUAAUCAAUUUACGGAAAUGCUUAAAGAGCUACGGAAAGAUUUCGAUCAAUUAGGUGUCGCGUCUGCUCUUCCACUCAUAGAUCAAGCAUUAACGGAUUUGGAACCUCAGGAAACUGUAGAUUUAAAGAGAAUCGGCGAAAUAUUUGUUCAAAUACACAAGAAAAAUAACAAAAGUUCACGAAAAGACGUCCAAAAACAACUUUUAGAAAGAACGACAUCUCUUGAGAAUCUUGGCAUACAAUUCAACUACCAACCAGUGGAUAUUGUCGUCAUCCCUGAAUUACCUAAUUCAUUAAAUUUAGUGCUACAACAUGAAGAUUUGGAGUUUGGAAAACAAAUUGGAGAAGGAAUCAGCGGCAGAGUUGUUAAAGGAAAAAUAAAAAGUACAGGAAUGGUCGUAGCUAUUAAAAUUCUACAUUUAAGGCAGCUAUCUGGUGCAGAUAUGGAAAGAUUUAGAAAUGAAAUUUUCGCAAUGAGUACUUUGACACAUCCGUCGCUUCUUCCGUUUUGUGGAUAUACACAGGAAGCUCCAUACUGUUUGGCAACGAAGUUUAUGGAGAACGGAUCUUUAUUCAACAUUCUUUCAACAAAUCCUUCGUUUUUAUCCCCUACUGAUCGAACAUUAAUUGCUUACGACGUCGCUUGCGGCAUGGAAUUCUUACAUUCUCGUGGAGUUAUCCACAGAGAUUUGAAAUCUUUAAAUAUUUUGAUCGAUGAGAACAAAAGAGGCAAAAUUAGCGACUUCGGUUUUGUCAGAAUGAAAAGUAGUGUGCCAAUGACAGGGUUAGUUGGCACUUCCCAUUGGAUGGCCCCUGAAAUUUUACUAAGUUCUCCAAAUUACGACGAAAAGAUCGAUAUUUAUAGCUACGGUAUCGUACUUUGGGAGCUCCUUACAUCAGAAAAGCCAUAUGCUAACGAAAAUCCCGCAACUUUGCCUCUAAAAGUUAUUGAACACAAUUUGAGGCCAACUAUACCAGAAGGGACCCCAAUUAAAAUGAAGACAUUGAUUGAAAGAUGCUGGUCUUUAUCUCCUGAGCAGCGUCCUUCAUUCCACGACAUAAUUAAUUAUUUUACAGACCCAGAAUAUCAUUUUCCAGGCAGUGAACGCUUUGUUCUUCUUAGAGAAACAGGUGCUGUUGUAUCUCACGCAAGGAAUAGCAGCGAAAAUGAGUUUUUGAAACGACCAAUUCCAUUAAUUCGUCGAAACAUGAACAUGAAGAGCGUUUGUGUCUCGAAAUCGAAAAUAGGAACAACUCUCGUUAAAAGGAUCGAAGAUGCAAUGAAUCAAGGCCAUAUUGAAGCAUUUCGUAAUUCCAUUGCAACGUUUAGGUCUAUGCUUGAUACAAAUAACAUAUCAUGGCCAGGUAUAUCUAACCAAUUUGUUGGCUUGAUCCAGCAUGCUCCACAUAACUUUAAGACGCAAUUAGUUCAAUUAUUCUUUGAAAUAUUAUCCAAUCAAUGCCAAACGACAACAUCAUCACCAAAUUUAUCAUCAAAGCCUCCUGAACCAGAUAAUAUGGCUAGUUUUGUCGUAAUUCAGUUGUUAAAUGAUCCUGAUCCGAAUAUCAUUGAAAUGUCCCUUACAAUUCUCUCUUUAACAGCUGCAACAUGUUUAAAUACAGAUGAUGUCAUUAAUACCCUUCUUGGUUUCGUUAAAUCUGGUGAUCAAAAACUUCGCAUUAAAGCUUUACAUGCAUUACUCGUAGGAUGCUCCACAGAGGCUCUGAAAAAUCAUUUGAAUAAUCUCCUCAUGUUUGGAAUGCGAAAAUUGCCGUUGUUAAGAUUAAGGACAUUAUUAACGCGCUCGUUGGAUAUUAUUAAUUCUAUGGAAGCUAAAGAACUAGAUCCAAAGGUUCUUAUUAAAUUACAGGCCAUCCAACAAAAUGCACCACCAGAAUUGAAAAAUUUAACAAACGAAUGCAUUAAUACAUUUAAUGCAAAGGCUAAUAACAACAAACAGAGUAGUAAGUAA